AUGGGCUGGAUGGGAAGAAAAAAUGAUCAGGAAGCUAUGAGCGACAUAGAAGUGCAGAGUGAAUGCCGAGCCAUCAUUGAAAACGGAGACCGGCAAGCCGAAAACGUCACGGAGCAACUACCUGAAGAACCUAACGAAAUGGAAGUUAUGCAAAUCGUGGAGGAGUCUCAGGAUGGACGGGACGAACUUGCGGAUAUUUUCAGUGACUCCGAAAGUCAUUACAUCCUCUUGCAUGAUGAAUACUUCCUUGAAGCUAGCCGCGUAUUUGAACAAGAAAAGAAUUGGUCCGCGCUCGUCUCCGAAGCAAGGGAUUUGAUAAAUGAUGCAAAGACUCAGAGGAUUGGAGUUUUCAAUCAUUUUACGAUACGCUUACUUGGGAGCAUAUCGGAUGCGAAAGACAUUUACUCGGAAAGUAUGGGAAGACGACAGGAUCGAGAGGACGACGCUGAAAUUACGGGGAAGGAAGAUGAAAUUAUUCAGAUUAUAUCGGAUCGACUCAGCCUGCUCAUGAAAAGCAAGAUGGAACUGGCGUCGCGAGAGAAUUUCCCAUCUCUGGUAGAUGAAAUUCAUGGUUAUAUACUCCCGGCAGCCAUUGGCCUGCUUCAAAGUUGUCUGAUGGCACACUUCCUCGAUGGGUGCCUUUCGACCAAAGGAACUGAACAAUUGGUUCUCAUGUUGGCUUGCUUCUCCGAGUUAUGCGAGCUCAUUAGCCCAAGUGAAAUCCCGCUGGCUAUAUUUCACUUCCCCGAUCGUUUAAAGACCGUGAGAAUUCUCCUCCGGUUCCUACUGUAUGUGUUUAGAACAAAUCAGGGCAACCAAACUACUGGAAACGGAUCUUGA